GAGUGAGUUAGCACUGAGCUGUUUCUAUCGUCCCAGUAUGGAGAAAAGACGUAUAAUUCAUCUAUCCGUCCGAACUGUAUCGAAAUGACUGGUGGAUGACUUUCAAACAUUCUAUUGCUACCUCCUAUAGAUUUUCUACCAGGAUAUUUCAACUCAGCCCUACGUUCCUGCCUGAAGUUAAUAUUGAAGAGCGCAAGAAGACUUUUAUUAGCACAGAGAAUGAAUUUUAGUAAUAUAAAAUGCAGAACUAGACAGGAAAUAACUGGAUAUUAUAGAAGUUCCUGGAUGUGGAGACUAACAGUUACAUAGUAGUUCCCAAAGGAAUAUACAUUACCAACCUUACAUCCGCACCACCUAUAUAAAAACGUGUUAGAAUGAUAUACGAUAUUAUUUAGUAUUUUCUAAGGGGCGCCAUAAAAGGAAGAGUGCGGGUUUUAGGAGUUCGUGCUAUGAUGUAAACGCCUGGUAAUGAUGAUACAGGGAUAGGGGACGAUCUCUAUAGCGGCCUGGGACCUUGCGCAACGAACAAUAUAAGAUCCGUGCCAUUGAUAUCAUAUAAUUGAAGAAUGUGAAUAAAAGCAAGGUCGAGUUCUUGGACUAACUUGUCGGCAUUUCUCUGCAUUCAAUAUUAUUCCACAAUGCCGCCUCAUUUGCGCAGCGCGUCAGCACGCGCGAACUCAGGAAACCAAAGUGGCGAAUCCUCCAGUAAAGUCACAGCCAAGACCUCGAAGACUACCGGAACGAGGGGGCGCAAGAGAAAGUCCACCGACUCGCAGUCAUCGAGUAGACCUAGGCGAGGAAAGCAGGCUAGGGCAUCCGGCACCAAGGAACCAGAAGGGAUUCCCGACGAGAAACGUAAACCACGCCUAACGACGCCAGACUUGGAGUUCGACUAUGAUCGUAGUCAGCUACGCGAUCCGCGCCCCACGCCCGGACGUGUAAGACGACCGCGACGGGACUGUUUCGACAUACCGGAGGGCUUCAAAGAGCGAUUUUAUAUCCCCGAGCCAGAAAAGCUUAAGGGCAGGCUUAAUGCCGCAGACAAGGCCGAUCUCUUCGAACAGAAAUGUUUCUUGGACCCUAGCGAAGCAUUCCACGACUUACAAAUAUGCCAUAAAAAGGGCCGCGAGGGUUCACCUACUUAUGAUGCUGCCGGUUUUCAGUUGGACUGGGAAAUGGUAGACGCCUCGAUGCAUCUGCCAUCAUACACUAAAUCGGGAGCACUAAGGAGGAUGGAGAAAGCAGUGGAUAAAAGGAAACGCGAGGAGCGCGAAAUGUUUGAUAUAUUCUUUGUUGAUGGCAAGGCGCCCGAGGUCCACCCAACUAAUGUCAUAGGAUAUUUACAAGACCAAGUCUCGAAGGAUCUUGGCGUACCCUGGCACCAGAUUGGCCCAGAGUAUCUUCUAGAAUGGGAGAAAAGGGGGUUUUCGAAGAAAAAAGCCGAAGAAUGGUGGCGAGAACCAAACGAGACCGAGAGGCGUAGGAUGUCGAAGAUGGGGACUGGUAGUAUAUUUAGGAAAAUCCUCCAACGAAAUCUUGUCAUAAAUGGGUUAACCGGGUCGUCUUGUAUGGAAGUAUGCGCAAAAUUCAAGCGGUCAUUCAUUAGUUAUCUAUUCUAUUUUAUACGAUCCGUAUCAAAACCUAUGGCAGAGCCCAGUUAGGCGUCCAAUCGACCUAUAAUUAU